AUUUCCGGCCUUCCCAUGGCGAAGACUGACUUCACAAACUUCGUCAUUACGUUUGCCCUCUAUAAAUACAUAUGGUCGUUUGUAAACAUUACAUAUCGUAGGACGUUCAGUGUUUGCAGAGUAUUGCAAAUAAGCAUGGCAUCCCCACAUGGAAAUAAGAAAUGCUAUGCUUUGGCUCUUUCAAUUGUCAUUGCGUUCUGCAUUACCCACGCAGCUGGUGAGACGAUAGGAGUAUGCUACGGAAUGCUCUCCGACAGUUUGCCUUCGAACAGCGAUGUGGUGAAUCUGCUGAAGUCGAACAACAUAGGGAAGGUGAGAAUAUACGAAGCGAAUCGGGACGCGCUGCAGGCCCUUCAGAAUUCUGGAAUCGAAGUGAUUGUGGGAGUUGGCAACACCGAGCUUGAGAAGAUUGCAGGUGACCAGGCUGCAGCAAACGGAUGGGUCAACGACAACAUUGUUCCAUUUUCCUCUUCUGUCAACAUCAAAUACAUUGCGGUAGGAAACGAGGUUUAUGCUAAUUCGGGACUCGUUCAGUAUCUCCUGCCCGCGAUGAAUAACAUCCAGACGGCUGUGCGUAACGCCAAUCUGCAGGACAAGAUGAAGGUCUCCACACCACACGCAGAAUCGGUGCUCUCCAGCUCAUAUCCUCCUUCACAGGGAACUUUUGGCCCAGAUAUGAGCGGUAUACUGAAGUUUCUGUCAGAUAACGGCUCCCCUUUCAUGGCCCACGUCUAUCCAUACUUCAGUUUCAGAGACUCCGGAGGCUCAAUUUCUGCAGACUAUGCGCUGUUUAGAUCGACAACUACUGUGGUGACCGAUGGCAAUCUAAUGUAUAAGAACUUGUUCGACGCUAUUGUCGACUCUUUUAUAUCUGCUAUGGAAAAGCUAGGACAGUCCAAUAUUCCAAUUGUGAUAACUGAAAGUGGGUGGCCUUCUGCAGGCACUAGUGUGGCUACUGUGGAGAAUGCCCAGACAUACAACAACAAUCUCGUCAAGCAUGUUUUGUCCACUGACGGAACACCAAAAAGGCCUGGAAACACAAUUGAGACAUAUAUUUUUGCACUGUUCAAUGAGAAUCAAAAGGGUGGGGAUGAGGACGAGCGCCAUUUUGGUCUGUUUGACACCAAUAAAAGUCCUGUAUACCCAGUGAACUUCUCACCUUGAUGCGGAACCUCCAUAUCUUUAAGGUAUAGGUCUUGUUCCCAUAAAUAAAGUCGUCGUUACACUCCACGCUGUAGCGUAUAACCUAUGAUAAAAUAGGGUUUGUCCUGUCACCACCGUCGUCAGUGACAACAAUAAAUCUUUCAAUAAAUGUUAUCAAUAGGUAUUUCUUCCUUGAGGUAA